GUUACAACCAGUUGCCGAGGCGGACCGGCCGAGAGGGCGUUACCCCGCUGAAACGUCCCCCGUCAGUCACGAUCUCUCCGGCAGCGCGGAACAAACUUCCAAUUAAAGUGAGACAUUAAUUGGAAGAAAAACCCACAACUGGAAUCAAACCACAACUGAAGACGAGGGAACAACAACAACUGAACCAGCCCGAGGAUUGAGAGCAUCAACUGGAGAGAAUCCUUCUGAUUUGGAGAAACCAGUGAUUCAGUCAGGAGAAAGUUUGGUUAAAAAUGACAAGGAAUUUGUCUACGGGAAUCUCGAACACAACACACCAGUUUUGCUGUCUCUGUCCAGAUAUUUAAGAAGUGGAGCAAGGGAUUCACUCGAUCAUCCUUCCUGCUCAGACUGUGGGGAGGGAUUCACUCGAUCAUCUGACCGACUGACAUGCCCGUCAUUUUACACGGGGGGGGAACCCAUUCAUCUGCUCAGACAGUGGGAAUGGAUUCAGUCGGUCAUUUCAACUGAAGGUACAUCAGCAAGUUCACACUGGGACAAGGCCAUUCACCUGUUCUGUGUGUGAGAAGGGAUUCAGUUGGUUUUCCCACCUGUGGACACACCAGUCAGUUCACACUGGGCAGAGGCUGCUCAUCAGCUGAAUUUCUGGGGAAGGAUUCACUCGGUCAUCUGACUUAAUGGCUCACCAGCGAAUUCACACCGGGGAGCGGCCGUUCACCUGCUCAGACUGCGGGAAGGGAUUCACUCAGUCAUCCGAACUACUGGUACACAAGUCAGUUCACACUGGGGAGAAGCCAUUCAGCUGCUCAGACUGUGGGAAGGGAUUCACUUGCUCAUCUAAACUAAAGGUACAUCAGCGAAUUCACACUGGUGAGAGGCCAUUCAUCUGCUCAGAAUGUGGGACAGGAUUCACUCAGUCAUCGACCCUAAUGGCACACCAGCGAGUUCACACCUUGGAGCGGCCAUUCACCUGCUCGGACUGUGGGAGGGGAUUCACUUGUUCAUCUCAACUGAGGGAACAUCACCGAGUUCACACUAGGGAGCGGCCGUACACCUGCUCAGACUGUGGGAAGGGAUUCACUUGGUCAUCUCAACUGAAGGUACAUCAGCGAGUUCACACUGGAGAGAGGCCGUUCACCUGCUCGGACUGCGGGAAAGGAUUCACUUGCUUAUCUACACUGAAGGUACAUCAGCGAGUUCACACUGGAGAGAGGCCGUUCACCUGCUCAGACUGUGGGAAGAGAUUCAUUGAGUCAUUCCACCUACUGGUACACAAGUCAAUUCACACUGGGGAGAAGCCAUUCACCUGCUCAGUGUGUGGGAGGGGAUUCACUCAGUCAUCUAAACUGAAGGAACAUCAGAGAGUUCACACUGGAGAGAGGCCCUUUACCUGCUCAGACUGCGGGAAGGGAUUCACUCGGUCAUCCCACCUCUUGAGACACCAGUCAGUUCACACUGGGGAGCGGCCGUUCACCUGCUCAGACUGUGGGAAGGGAUUCACUUGCUCAUCACAACUGAAGGUACAUCAGAGAGUUCACACUGGAGAGAGGCCAUUCACCUGCUCAGUCUGUGGGAAGGGGUUCACCUGCUCAUCCCAACUGAAGGUACAUCAGCGAGUUCACACUGGGGAGAGACCGUUCACCUGCUCAGACUGUGGGAAAGGAUUCACUUCGUCAUCUGAUCUUAAGGUACAUCAACGUGUUCACACUGGGGAGAGGCCGUUCACCUGCUCAGUCUGUCAGAAGGGAUUCACUUCGUCAUCUCAACUGAAGGUACAUCAGCGUGUUCACUCCGGUGAGAGGCCGUUCACCUGCUCAGACUGUGGGCAGGGAUUCACUCAGUCAUCUGACCUACUGGUACACAAGUCAGUUCACACUGGAGAGAGACCGUUCACCUGCUCAGACUGUGGGAAGGGAUUCACUCGGUCAUCUGACCUGCUGGUACACAAGUCAGUUCACAAUGGAGAGAGCCCGUUCACCUGCUCAGACUGUGGGAAGGGAUUUACUCGGUCAUCUAAACUGAAGGAACAUCAGCGGGUUCACACUGGGGAGAGACCGUUCACCUGCUCAGUCUGUGGGAAGGGGUUCACUUGGUCAUCCACCCUAAUGACACACCAACGAGUUCACACCAGGGAGCGGCCAUUCACCUGCUUGGACUGUGGGAAGGGAUUCACUGUGUCAUCUAAUCUGAAGGUACAUCAGCGAAUUCACACUGGGGAGACGCCGUUCACCUGCUCAGUCUGUGGGAAGGGAUUCACUUGGUCAUCUCAACUACAGAGACACCAGUCAGUUCACACUGGAAAGAGGCCAAUCACCUGCUGAGACAUUGGGAAGAGAUUCACUCAGCCAAAUCAACCAAAUGUGCAUCACUGAGUUCAUACUGGGGAGAGGCUGUUCACCUGCUGUGAAUGUGGGAAUGGAUUCACUCAGUCAUCUAUCGUUAUGUAAAUCUUGCUUCAGCUAGCAGCUUAAUAUAGGGGAUGAUAGCCCCCCAGCCCGGCCAAACUUAAGAAAUCUCGUUUGGGUGGAUGCUGCAUGAUGUGUCCACUGUUACAAAUCAGUACCCCGAAAUA